AUGGAGGUGGAAACGGAGGAGCAAAAGCAGGGCGAUCGCACGAGUCAAGCGGAGGAGGGGCAAAAGCAGGGAGAUCAUACGAGUCAAGCGGAGGAAGGGCAAAUGCAGGGCGAUCAUACGAGCCAACCGGAGGAACAAAAGCAGGGCGAUGACACUAGUCAAGCGGAGGAAGGGCAAACGCAGGGCGAUCAUACGAGCCAACCGGAGGAGCAAACGCAGGGCGAUGACACUAGUCAAGCGGAGGAUCAGGAUGACCACUUCGAGAAGGGGCACAACUUCCUCGACUUCGAAAACAUCCUGCUGGACGUGAGGCUCAGGAAGGCAAUCCUUUACCUGUUCAAGUUCAAGCACCCAACGAAAAUACAAAAGGAAGCCAUUCCACAUAUCCUCCACGGGAGAGACGUCAUCAUAAGUUCCAAAACUGGCUCAGGGAAAACCAUGGCCUAUCUCAUCCCACUAGUGCAAAAUAUAAUAAAAUCAAAUUUAAAUGAAAAAGAAUCCUUGAAAUUUUUUUACAAAGCAAUAAUCCUCUCCCCAACAGAAGAACUAUGUCUGCAAAUUUAUCAAGUAGCACAUACAUUAUGCUCCUACCUAAAGAAUAUCCUAUCAUUUGAUCAUAACGUUAGGAAAACACUUUAUGAUCAUCCAACUGUACUAGUGACUACACCAAGACUCCUAUACAAUCACACUGUAGAAUGCAAGAAAAAAUAUAACCUUGAUAUAUUAUCUAACUUAAAAAUUCUUGUUGUAGAUGAAGCAGAUAUUUUGCAUGGAAAAGAGUUUCAAAAAUGGAUGAACCUUUUGGCUAGUUAUCAUUUUCCAAAAAAUUAUUCUCAAAAGUAUCAAAUUGUCAUGGCAUCUGCUACACUUAAGGAAACCAUCGUGGAGAAAACAAAACUUUUUUUACAUAAGCCUAUUUUUUUAAGUUCACAAUUGGACAAAAACGCAAGUCUCACCUCCGUUAGGGUAGAUCAUUCAAAUGGUCUCCAAAAGAAGAGAGGUGUUUCCCCUAUCAUGGAUAAUAGCAAUAGCCCACCUGUUAGAAGUGACAAGCUGAAUCAUCCUUGUGGGCCCUCCAAAGUAAGGAAGGAACCCCUCGUGCAUCAACAAUUCAGGGGCAAAUCAUUUUACUACUUCUACCCGGAUGAAACGACCAAAUAUAUUUACCUAUAUAAUCUCAUAAAUGACAGAUUAAUUUUGCAUAGGUCCAUUAUUUUUACUUCAACCAUCCAUGAUGCUUACAAGAUAAAAAUUUUUCUGACUUACUUUGAUAUUCCUUCCUCCAUUCUGAACCCUAACCAUCCCAUUUUGGUUAGACAGAAUAUCAUUUUUGCGUUCAACAAUUAUAAGAUGUUCUUCUUGAUAUGUCCGCAGUACGAGAAGAAUGCCGCACCGAGGGGGGAUGCGACCAACCAUGAGGACAGCGGUCAUGGUGCGGAUGCUAACGAGGCGGGUCGCGGUGAAGACGACGCGUGUGACCAAGACCUGCAGAGCAACCUGGACGACCCUUCUGACGAAAACCUGCAGAGCAACCUCGACGACCCGUGCGACCAAGACCUGCAGAGCAACCUGGACGACCCGUGCGACCAAGACCUGCAGAGCAACCUCGACGACGCGUGCGACCAAGACCUGCAGAGCAACCUCGACGACGCUAGCGAAGACGAGAAGGACUUCCUCUACAACCGCGGACUCGACUUCCAAGGCGUGCACUGCGUGGUUAACUUCAACAUGCCCCUGGACACAAAGACCUUCGUGCACCGAGUGGGUAGGACAUGUAGGCUGAGCAACAAGGGGAUCAGUAUUUCCUUCAUCAACGAGAAUGAAAUGGCGGAAAAAAACAUUCUGCAAAAAAUACGCGCUAAAAAUAUAUGCACGAUACAUCAAAAAAACAUGCCACAAAAUAAGGUCGAGAUGUAUAGGUACCGAGUAGAAUCCAUUAUCAAUAAAUGCACCAACAAAAAGGUGAAACAAUUUAUUCAAAAGGAGAUCCUCUAUCAAUCUUUGAAGUCCAAAGAGCUGAAAGAAUUUUUCAGCUCCAAUGAAGACGAAAAAAGGGCCAUCAAUAAAAUUGUAAAGCGUUUUAACACACAUGUUGUGCCACACAAACUGAUUAAGGACAGAUUGAAAAACUUAUUUUUGAAGAAGCAUAAGAAGAAGGGGGGCGACAAAAAUGGGAUGAGCAAACAUGGGAAAGAAAGUGGAGACAUCGGGAGGGACAGAAAGAACCAGCAACACAAUGGGAAGAGCCAUGGGAGAGAAGGCGAAAAAAGGGGAGUGCAACAACACUAUGUUAAAAGUAAAAGCAGUGGGUUCGUGCUCACUGAACAGGCAUAUCAGGAUCAGCUGAAGAAAGAACCAGAGACGGAAGUGGCCGACCCGACCAAGCUUCCCCCCAUUUAUGGAAAGCGCUUGCGAAGUUAUGUGUACAACAAGUAC